AAAAAAGGUCACAUCCUGUUUCCUCUUUCUUGGCUUGCUAGCGGCCUCUCCCCCAAAUCGCAUCGCUCUCCUCCAGGCGGCGACGCGGAACGGCGACCGACCAAGAACGGCGGUCGGCCUCCCCUCCCGGUCUCCCCUCGGCGCUCGGCCGUCGCCGGUCGGCGGUCGCGCCUUGCCGCUGCUGUGGCUACGAGGGCACGCGCGGACGCGGCUGAGCCUAGCCCUAGCGGCAAGCAUCCCGACUUUGGCGACCGGCAGGCGACGACGACGGCGAGCCCGGCGCUUACUGCCGGCCACCCGCGCGCCACGACGGCCUCGGUUCGUCUCCGGCUUGCCGUGCUGCUUGAGGCAAGGCCGCAAGCCGUGAGGUUCUAGCUCCGCCACUGCUCGCCGGCAACCCCCGUCGCCUAGAGCCCAAAGCGAAGGAACCGCUGGAGACUUGGUCUCAUCCUGCUCCGCCUCGCCGGCGCGGGAGAGUAUAAGAGGAUGGAGUCGGAGGUGGUGAGGAUGGAGAUGGUGUUGGCGCCGUCGCUGCCUUUCAAGAAGGUGCAGACGGCGGACAAGUAUCCCAAGGGCCAGUCCCGGGGGCGCCAGUGGAAACACCUCCGUCACCUCCUCCAGGCCGCAGAUGCCUCCUCCAUGCCCCCCGACCGCCCCAACUAUCUGAAUAUUCAAUCGCCCCCAUCCAUUUACCCAUCAAAGAGAUACUGUGACAUAACAGGUUUUGAGUGCAGGCACCGUAUAUGGAUCCGAGGACAAAGCUGCGCUAUGCAGAUCCAGAUGUGUUCAAGCAGAUCAGGAUGCUUCCCGAUGAAUACGUCCAAAGGUAUCUGACCUUGAGAAAUGCAGCAGUUAUACUGAGAUAGCAAUCCCUGAACAUGGAUAAGUCUUGUUGCACCACUCUUUACUAUGUACGGAGGAGGCUGUUUCUGAAUCCUUUUAAACGGAUCUUUCUUCCUUGCUCUUGUAUAUCAGGGAUUGCCUAUGUGAUUACAUCCUGCUUUGUAUUUUUCAUACUGAAGAUUGCGAAUUGAUGUUUAAGUAUGUUCUCUGCUGUAGGCGAAUUAUGUGGUAUCUAUGUGCUAUAUUCAAUUCAUACCUAAUUUUUUUGUUUUGUAAGAUGUUAAUGCCACAAUCUGGGAUAUGGUUCUCAAAAUCUCAAUUCUAUUGUAUGGUUUUACAUUUUA